CACGCCUUUUUUUAAACUCUCGUGAAUACAGGAAGUAACUGCGUGAAAGGCGAAACUGUUUGCGCAAAAUAGCACGUGUAGAUUGUUUUUCCUGCAAGAUCACUUGGAUUACUCUGGAGGCUUUUGGAGAUUUUUAAAAGCAACUUUACGAAGAGGCAAGUCUCUAUUGCCACCUAGUGGUCCCUCAAGAGGCUGCAAGGAACCAGAGCCAUGAGUGACAGAGUGCCAGCCGAGUUACCCAUGAGCGAUGACAAGUUUGAGCAGUUUUGGGGUGACAUAGGAUUAAGCACACUGCUCAUGGAGCUGCCUCGUACAAACAGCGAUGCUUGGCUUAAUGCUGCAUUGCCCAAUGGCUCUUUGGCAGACACCUUUGAUCUGGUACUCAAGGAGACUGAUGAUACGGCCGAAGUGCCUGCUUCUGUGGCGCCAGUAGUGGACAACCAAGCACCUCCUUCCACUGUAGUGCCCUCAACAACCGACUAUCCCGGAGAAUAUGACUUCAAGUUACGCUUCAAUCAGUCCAGCAUUGCAAAGUCUGCCACGUCUACUUAUUCUCCGAAGCUAAAUAAGCUGUUCUGUCAGCUCGCGAAAACUUGCCCCGUGGAUGUGCUGGUUGGCAAAGAGCCACCUCAGGGUGCCGUGCUAAGAGCCACAGCAGUCUAUAAAAAAUCGGAGCAUGUUUCCGAAGUUGUUAUCAGAUGUCCACACCACCAGAAUGUUGCAGAGAACACCGAAGAUAUUUCUCAACGCAAGCAUCUUAUCCGUGUGGAGGGAAACCCAAGAGCCCAAUACCAUGAGGAUUUUUAUACCAAAAGGCACAGUGUGACACUGCCGUACGAAGCUCCGCAGCUAGGCUCAACUGCAACUACCAUGCUGCUGAAUUUUAUGUGCAACAGCAGCUGCCAAGGCGGGAUGUUCCGGCGUCCCAUUUUAACUAUUAUGACCCUGGAAACAUGCGAGGGGCAGGUUCUUGGUCGCCAGUGUGUUGAAGUUCGCAUAUGUGCCUGCCCAGGGCGUGAUCGCAAAACCGAAGAGGAGAAUAUUAAAAGUAUUACUGGAAACAAAGUUACAGGGACAAAGAGAAAGUCUCUUCCAACACCUCAUUCUGCAUCCAAGAAGAUCAAGUCUGACUGCAGCAGUGAUGAUGAUUUAUAUAUUUUGCACGUACGUGGCAAGCAACGCUUCGAGAUGUUAAAGACUAUAAACAAUAGUUUGGAAUUGAUGGACCUGAUGCCAGAAACCGAACAGCAGAAAUACAAAAUGAAACGGUCCCAAAAAAAGCUCGAUCAGGCCUGCGUUCAACCGAAAACUGGAAAGAAACUGCUUGUCAAAAGUGAUACGGACUAAAACCCUCUUUUUUACUAUUCUGAUUUUAUCAUGUGAUACUUUUUUAUGUUUGGCAUUUAUGCUAAUGUUGUAUUUCUGUGCACACACAACACUUUUUCUGCGUUUAGGUGUUUACCCAGAGGUUUUUUGUAUUGAGCGUCAGCG